CAUCGUUUAUCUCCCCCCCUCUUUCCCUCUCUUUCGCUGAAAUUUUAGCAACACCAGAUUGGAAACAUUUCCAUCAGUGUGGUGAGCUCAAAUGGCUCUGUCCACCACUUCCACCAUAUCCAUCCCAUGUCGACCUUCUCCAUCUCCAUCAUCUUCCUCAUUCCCACUGAACACUGCUCUCGCAUUCCCAACCAAACCCAGAAGAUCGAUCCUUAUCGCGAGCUCCUCCGGUGACAACCCAACUGAGACGAACACAGCGACGACGACGACGACGACAGGGAGCGACACCUCGGAAAGCUCCAUCGAAGCUCCCGACUUGCCCCCUUCUCUGAUUUCUGCGCUCAACGUCGAACGAGCCCUUCGCGGCAUCGCCAUCACGGACGUGGAUCAUUACGGUAGGCUCGGGCUCCCAAGAAAAUGCCCCUACGAUCAGGUUGCCGGGGCGUACAAGAGGAAGGUUGAGGAAGUGAAGAGCGAGGGGCUCGAAGAAGAUGAGCUCAAUGAAAAACUGGAACAACUGAAAGAGUCGUACAGGAUUCUGUCGUCAGUGGAAGAGAGGAGACUGUAUGAUUGGAGCCUGGCCAGGAGCUCGAAGCCGGACAGAUACAUGUGGCCUUUCGAGGCCGACAUCACUCAGACCCCUACACAAUCUCCUCCUCCACCGGAACCGGAGGAUGAGGGACCGACGAGACUUGUGGGCUACUUCAUGCUUGGCUGGGUGUUAUUGUCGUUCGCGUUAUCAAUUGCUCUCAAUCGAUAGUUCCUCGGACGAUGUACCGAGUUUGUAAAACAUAUCUCCCAAAGAGAGAUCUUGAAUUGGAUGAAGCAUGUGAUCUUGAGUUAGUUGUAAGUCAUAGUAAUUCUCAUUGGAUCUUCCAUCAGAACUGUGAUUCUUAUAAUAAUCAUCGGUUUGGAGGUAUGUCAAGACUUAUUUUCCCCUAAACAAUUGGAAGUUUCUUUAAAUGGUAAAUCUUUAUAAUUGAAUGACGCC